AUGGCCUCCUCCUCGUCUGUGUCACCCAAUAAGUGGACUUCCCAGACCCCCAACCCUGACAUAUCGGGGUUGAAAUGGACCAAGAAAAACUCACGUCACUCUCGCCAGUUGGGCAAUGAACCCCAACUCCCCAACCAUGACUCGGCAGCUGAGCUACCUGACCACAACUCCGACACUGGGGAAAACCUCAUUGACCAGAACGAAGUCUUGUCCGAACAGCCGCACCCCAAGAAACCAAAUUUGAAGGUUUACAUCCGGCUCAAGCUGGACAAAGACGACGCUCCUCAGGUGAAAAAAAAAGCAGAGGAUCAAAACCCUAAAUCUGAUGAUCCUGCUGUUGCUGCUUUGGCUGCUUUAUCUGCGGGGGAAGGAUUGGAGGAGAAGGGGAACAAAACAUGGAAUCUGAGGCCCAGGAAACCGGUGAAGAAGCCUAAUGGGGAGGCUAGUGCCAUGAAGACUGGUGCACCGGUGGGGCAGCAUAACGAAAUCCCGGAGCUGGGUCGGUCCAGAAUGGCUAGAGGUUGUCAAACGAAAAAACCUAAGGAGCCGAGGAUGGAGAUAUCGCUUACAUUGACCAAAGAGGAGAUUGAGGAGGAUCUUUUACUCUUGACAGGGAAGAAGCCGUCACGCCGGCCCAAGAGGAGGCCUAGGAGUCUGCAGAAGCAGCUGGAUAAUAUAACUCCAGGGAUGUAUCUGGAUAUGCUGUCGGCAGAAGCCUACCAGGUUUAA